GUCACAAUGAGGGAGAUAGUGCACAUCCAGGCCGGCCAGUGCGGCAACCAGAUCGGGGCCAAGUUCUGGGAAGUCAUCAGUGAUGAACAUGGUAUUGACCCAUGCGGAAACUAUAUUGGGGAUUCUGACCUCCAGCUGGAGAGAAUCAGCGUCUACUACAAUGAAGCUUCCUCACUCAAAUAUGUUCCCAGGGCAAUCCUAGUGGAUUUAGAACCAGGAACUAUGGACAGUGUCCGCUCUGGAGCCUUCGGACAUCUUUUCCGACCAGACAACUUCAUAUUUGGACAGAGCGGUGCUGGUAACAACUGGGCAAAGGGUCACUACACAGAAGGAGCUGAAUUGGUGGACUCUGUGUUGGAUGUCGUUCGCAAGGAGUGCGAGAACUGUGAUUGUCUUCAAGGCUUCCAGCUCACUCAUUCUCUGGGUGGGGGCACAGGCUCUGGAAUGGGUACUCUCUUAAUAAGUAAGGUCAGAGAGGAGUACCCUGACCGCAUCAUGAACACUUUUAGCGUUGUCCCUUCCCCAAAAGUCUCUGACACAGUAGUUGAACCAUACAACGCAACACUUUCCAUCCACCAGCUGGUGGAAAAUACGGAUGAGACUUACUGCAUUGACAAUGAGGCUUUGUAUGACAUCUGUUUCCGUACUCUCAAACUGGCUACUCCAACCUAUGGUGACCUUAAUCAUCUGGUCAGUGCCACAAUGAGUGGAGUGACCACUUCUCUGAGGUUCCCCGGCCAACUCAAUGCAGACUUGCGUAAGCUAGCAGUCAAUAUGGUACCUUUCCCACGUCUGCACUUUUUCAUGCCAGGCUUUGCACCACUGACUGCCCGUGGCAGCCAGCAGUAUAGGGCAUUGACUGUCCCUGAACUCACCCAACAGAUGUUUGAUGCCAAGAACAUGAUGGCCGCUUGUGAUCCUCGCCAUGGGCGUUACCUGACUGUAGCCACUGUCUUCCGAGGACGCAUGUCUAUGAAGGAAGUGGAUGAACAAAUGCUCGCUAUCCAGAGUAAGAAUAGCAGCUAUUUUGUGGAAUGGAUCCCCAAUAAUGUCAAAGUUGCAGUCUGUGACAUUCCACCCCGUGGCCUCAAGAUGUCUUCCACAUUCAUUGGCAACAGCACUGCCAUUCAGGAAUUGUUCAAGCGUAUCUCUGAGCAGUUCACUGCCAUGUUCAGGCGCAAGGCUUUCUUGCAUUGGUACACAGGAGAGGGCAUGGAUGAGAUGGAAUUCACAGAGGCCGAGAGCAACAUGAAUGAUCUUGUGUCAGAAUACCAGCAGUACCAAGACGCCACCGCAGAGGAAGAGGGUGAAAUGUAUGAAGAUGAUGAGGAGGAGUCUGAAGCUCAGGGGAAAUAAAGGAACCACUGCAAAGCCAGAGAACAUCAGAGAUAGCUCCCCACAGGUUUAGGAAGUCCACUCAUGCUACAUGUGUUGCUUCUAAGUUAGGAUUAUAGUACCCUCCAGUUUCAGAACCUGUGUCUCAUUCCACAAUUCCCUUCAAUUUUCUUUCUGCUGACAAAGAGCAAUGCAGUAAUUACUAUGCUUAUAGCUGGUAUGAAGGUGAAGAUCUUUCUUUACAGAAAGUCAUUGUACCUUGAUGAGAAAAUUGGGACACAAUUGUUACUAAAAGACACUGCUAAAAGGUACUGCACCUUAAUAACCCUUUUAACGCUUGCCAGUUUCAGCAGCAGAGCAAUGUUCAGCAUUCAACAACAUAUCAUUGCAGGCUCCAGUGAACAGAUUUAAACAUUUUAAACUUUAAUAAAUGCCCCCUGAGGAAGUGUUUUUGUUAUAAUGAUUGAGGCUAACAAAGGAGAAAGCUUUUAAAAAUGAGUGGGUUAUCAUUGACUAGUGAUAUAAGCUUAUGAUGCGUGUGUAUGAGAGGAGGUUUCCUCCCCUGAAGAGCUUAAUGUUUAAGCAAAGCAGUAGGAAAUAUGAAGGUAGCUGUAGAUGUGAGCAUACUGUAUUCUUGGGAUCUGAGGAAGUAUUUUAUGCUAAUAGGAAGAUAUGUGCAUUUAUGGCAUCUGCUGAGACGUACACUGCAUAAUGCUCAAGCAGCAGAAAGAUCUCCUCGUCGUACAUACACAUUUGAUUGUGUUUUACCAUUUUAUCUGUUCUGUCUGAUAUCUUUUUAUGUUUUUUUUUUGUCUGUAUCUGUUUUACUGGAUUAUUUAUUUUUUAAAUAAAUAAACUUCCUGCUGUUCAA